AUGAGCUCACAGGUAUCGCGACUGGAUCGCCAGGUGGUGUUGCUGGAAACCGGUUCAACCCAGUUCAUAAGGAACAUGGCUGCGGAUCAAUUAGGCGAUCUUGCGAGGCAGCAUCCGGAGGAUAUACUGUCACUACUAUCGAGGGUGUAUUCCUUUUUGAUGGCGAAGAAAUGGGAGACUCGUGUGACGGCCGCAAGGGCAAUAGGUGGGAUAGUAGCGCAUGCUCCACUAUGGGAUCCCAAUGCGGAAGACGAUGAGGAAGGGGGUGAGAAGGGAGUGGCAGACUCGGCACCCGUAGAAACAGCAAAAGUGAAGAUGGAGCAGGAGAUACAGUUGAAGUUGGAGGAAGUGAGUCAGAACGACGGAGAUGAGUUCUUACAAGACGAGCAACGGCUGUUUUCGCUGUCACAAUGGAAUCUUCAUGAGCUUCUGAAGAGCAACAAGGUUUUGUUGGCCUCCAGCAUUAAUGGAUAUAAUGAAGGUUGGGAUGAAGAUACUAAGGUGCGGAAGCAGCAGAGGAAGACCGGUUAUGAUAACGAUAAUGACUUUAAUGACGGUAAUGUAAAAGUAGAAAGCAAAGAGACUGCAGUUGGAGUGGUAAAGAAACAGGAAUCACCCCGGCCUUCUAUGCCGCUUGCCAGCUCGAAAAAGUCCGCCAGGAUGUUGGCCAUGGCGAAGAGAAAAAAAAAGAUGCAGGCGAAAAGCUCUUCCACCAAGCCAGUCGAUUUAUCAGAGAGUAACAUUUCAAAGAGUUUGAUGAAUCAACCUGAUAACUCCAGUUCUUUCUCUCCGACAACGCUGAACAACCCUAAACUCGAUAUCACAGAAAGUUCGGAGGCUAACAAGAUCAUGGUUGAGUCAACGGUGGCACCGAUACUGGAGAAACAUGAGAGAGUUGCGGGCUUGGUUUGGCAAUUUCAAGGUGUUUAUGAACUACUGAUAGAUAAUCUGAUGAAUGAAGCAUGGGAGGUGAGGCAUGGUGCAGCAUUAGGAUUGAGAGAGCUUUUAAAACAACACGCUUUUGGCGUCAGCCGUGUCAAAGGCAGGGGUAGAGCUGAGAAUGAUUUGAGGAAUAAAAAGAGCUUAGAGGAUUGCGCCACUAGGCUGCUCACAAUUUUCGCUCUCGAUAGAUUUGGUGAUUACGUUUAUGAUACCGUGGUAGCCCCGGUAAGAGAAUCUGCUGCUCAAACUUUGGCUGCAUUACUUAUACAUUUAGAUGAUGACCUAUGCGUUAAGAUUUUCAACAGUUUGGAACAGCUCGUUUUACAAGAUCCUCAGACAGUCUCGCUGCCGACCAAGAUUUGGGAAGCAACUCAUGGUGGAUUACUCGGGGUGAGAUACUUUGUGAGCAUUAAAACCGAUUUUCUCUUAUCUAAAAGCUUACUGGGAGAUGUUGUGAAAAUUGUGCUUUAUGGUCUGAAUCAGCCUGACGACGACGUUCAAAGUGUGGCAGCGGCAAUAUUAUCUCCAAUCACCUCUGACUUUGUGAAGCUCGAUACUCCAAUUGUGGAUCUGGUCCUUUCUACCAUCUGGUCUUCUUUAACUCAUUUGGAUGAUGAUUUAUCCUCAAGUGUCGGCUCUGUCAUGAACUUGUUGGCCAAACUUUGUAAGCACACGGAAGUGCUAGACAUUUUCAAGAACAAGGCAUUACAGUAUCCAUCUGAAUGGUCAUUUAAGUUUUUAGUACCCAAACUUUAUUUGUUUUUGCGACACUCCAUUUCCUCUGUGAGAAAAGCGGUUUUAAACCUAUUAGAUGCAUUUCUUUCCAUAAAGGAAGACACAACAAAGAGUUGGUUAAACGGGAAGGCUUUUAGGCUUCUCUUCCAAAAUAUCCUUCUGGAGCAAAAUGAAGAUAUUUUAAACCUGUCAUUUCAAGUUUAUUGCUCUUUACUAAAAAAUUAUAAAUCCAAGCAUACGGAAAAGACUCUGGAUCAUGUACUAAGCAAGCAUUUACAACCAAUUUUGCAUUUGUUAAAUACCCCCAUCGGGGUAAAUGGUAAGAGUUACAACAUGGAAUCCCAAUACAUUCUUAAACCUUCACAGCAUUAUCAAAUCAAUCCCGACAAAAAGAGAAGUAUAUCGGAAGCUAGUUAUGAAACGGAUAUCCCUCCUCCCAAACAUAAUGAGCGUGUUAAUAUAGAUGCGCCCAUGAUUGCUGGUGAUAUAAUACUUUUGGGUGUUGAAGUUAUAAAAAAUACGAGAGUCAUGGGCGCCAGAGCGUUCGGAAUAACCCUAGCAAUGUUCCAGGACUCCACGCUGAAAUCGUUCUUCGAAAACGUGCUUGUCCGUUGUUUAGACUUGUCAUAUGCGACGCCCAGAAUGCUAGCAGCCAUCAUCUUAACCGAAUUUUGCAAAACACGGCUGGAGGGCAAGUAUGGAACUUCGGGCAUUCCAUCAUUUGUGGCCGAAGUGUUGGGUCCAACAAUAAAUAAUCAGUUAUCCAAUCCUGAGACUCUGCCAAUCUUUAGAGAGUUUACCCCCAGUUUAAAGGCACUUAGAACACAAUGUCAAAAUCUUCUCAACACUUUUGUGGAUGUUGGUAUGUUACCUCAGCAUAAAUUGCCUAACGUGCCUGUGGUUUGCCAGGGAGAAACCGAUGCUGGACCUGAAGCAUUCAGCAUCGAAUUAGCUGAAAGGGUUUACAAAGACUACUAUGAUAAAAUGUUUAAGUCGAUGAGCAAUUGCUACAAACUUUUGGCAAAGAAACCACUUGAAGAUGCCAAACAUCGUGUUCUGUUGGCGAUAGAGGACUCUCAAGCAUCGAGGCGCGAGUACAAUUGCAGCAUUCUGGCGAAUUAUGCAUCUGCUACAUUAAGGUUUAGUGGUCUUCCUAAAAAGCUAAACCCGAUAAUACGGGCAUUGAUGGAUAGUAUCAAGGAGGAGAAGAACGAAAUUUUACAGAGGUUAUCUGGUGACUCCAUAGAAUACUUGGUUAAGAAGCUAGUUGACGAUGGGAAAACUAACGUUUCAGAUAAAAUUGUCAAAAACUUGUGCGGAUUUUUGUGUGUCGACAUAACAGAAGUGCCAGAGUUUGCAGUCAAUGCCACAUUGAAGGACUCAAUUUUGACCUUGGUUAAAGAGAACAAUUACCUCACAGUUCAAGAUGACCCUCACUUGAGAAAACUUGCCGAGGAAGCUUCAAUCAAGCGCAAAGGUGCCUUAUAUACAUUGGGCAAGCUUUUGAAACUAUUCGGAGAAGAAGCACUGGGGAAAGUCCCUCAGCUAAAAAAGUCAAUCUUGGAACCUCUCCAUAAGUUCGACGAGCUCAAGAGUGAGCCAUUCAGCAAUGAAGUGGGUCAAGAAAUUGUUGAUUCUUUGGGAGUUGUGAGGGCGCUCUUCCCAUUCAUGCAUCCCAAGUUACAAAAUAAAGAAGUUAUUUCCAGAUUUUCACUUCUGCUCAAGUUUUUAAGAUCUGACUAUUCCGUUUUUCGAUACUCCGUUGCAAGAACAUUUUCCGAUCUCGCUAAAACUGCAACGAUUCCGGUUAUGACGUAUGUCAUACGGGAGAUACUUCCUUUACUGAAUAAUGCUGGUUCCACAAUCGAUCGACAGGGUGCUACAGAAUUAAUCUACCAUCUAUCGGUUACUUUGGAAGCCGACAUUUUGCCGUACGUUAUAUUUCUCAUUGUUCCUUUGUUGGGCCGUAUGAGUGAUUCGGAUACUGAUGUUAGAAGCUUGGCAACAACCACGUUUGCUUCAAUCAUAAAACUGGUUCCUUUGGAAGAAGGAAUUGCUCAUCCAGAGGGUUUACCUGAAGAUCUUAUGGCUGGCCGUGAAAGAGAGCGUGAAUUUAUGCAGCAGAUGAUGGACCCUUCAAAGGCAGAGCCUUUUAAGAUGCCUGUGGCUGUCAAAGCCACCUUGAGAAAGUACCAACAGGACGGCUUGAACUGGCUUGCAUUUUUGAAUAAGUACCAUUUGCAUGGUAUACUUUGUGAUGAUAUGGGUCUCGGUAAAACUCUGCAGACUAUUUGCAUCAUUGCUAGUGAUCAACAUCUUAGAAAAGAAGAUUAUCUGAAAACUAAAUCCCUGAAAAGUAGACCUUUGCCAUCACUAAUCAUAUGCCCUCCCUCAUUAACUGGUCAUUGGGAAAGUGAGUUCGAGCAAUAUUCUCCUUCUUUAAAAGUAGUAGUUUAUGCUGGUGGUCCGUCGACUCGUUUUCCAUUAAGAGAUCAGCUCUCUCAGGCAGAUGUUAUUGUUACAUCUUAUGAUGUAGCGCGAAACGAUCUGAAUGUUAUGACGAAGCUUGAUUACAAUUAUUGCGUCCUGGAUGAAGGCCAUAUUAUCAAGAAUUCCCAGUCAAAGCUUGCAAAAGCGGUCAAGCAGUUUAGCUCUAACCAUAGGUUGAUUUUGACAGGAACUCCGAUACAAAACAACGUUCUUGAGCUAUGGUCACUGUUUGAUUUCCUCAUGCCUGGUUUCUUGGGGACAGAAAAGAUGUUUCAGGAAAGGUUCGCGAAGCCUAUAGGGGCCUCCAGAAACAGCAAAUCGCAAUCGAAGGAUCAAGAAAAAGGUGCUUUGGCUUUGGAAGCACUGCAUAAACAAGUUCUGCCUUUCAUGUUGAGAAGACUAAAAGAGGAUGUCCUAUCAGAUUUGCCUCCUAAAAUCAUACAAGAUUACUAUUGUGAACUGAGUGACCUCCAAAAGCAGCUUUAUAAAGAUUUCUCCAAGAAACAAAAGAACGUUGUCGAAAAGGAUUUAGAAAAUAAUGCAGAUGUCGAGGGCAAGCAGCACAUUUUCCAGGCCUUACAAUACAUGAGAAAGCUCUGCAACCACCCUGCUUUAGUGCUUUCUCCUGAUCACCCACAACUGCGCCAAGUUGAGGAUUACCUCAAGCAGACUCAUUUAGAUCUACAUGACAUCGCUAACGCUCCUAAGUUAGGAGCUUUGCGAAACCUUUUAUUGGAGUGCGGGAUUGGUGAGCAGGAUAUGGAUGGGAAAGCUAGCGGAACUCAACUUCCAAGUUCAGAAAACGUUAUCUCGCAACAUCGGGCCCUGAUUUUUUGCCAAUUGAAGGACAUGCUUGAUAUGGUCGAAAAUGAUCUCCUAAAGAAAUACAUGCCGUCAGUGACCUAUAUGAGGCUCGAUGGUAGUGUCGAACCUAGAGAUAGACAAAAGGUGGUCAGGAAAUUUACCGAUGAUCCUUCUAUUGACUGUCUGCUGUUAACAACUAAAGUGGGUGGUUUAGGCUUGAACCUAACGGGGGCAGAUACAGUGAUAUUUGUUGAACAUGAUUGGAAUCCGAUGAACGACCUACAAGCCAUGGAUCGUGCCCACAGGUUGGGACAGAAGAAAGUUGUGAACGUUUACAGAAUCAUCACAAAGGGUACUUUAGAGGAAAAAAUUAUGGGCCUGCAGAAAUUUAAGAUGAACAUUGCUUCGACGGUUGUUAAUCAGCAAAAUAACGGCCUGGCAAAUAUGGAUACGCACCAGUUAUUAGAUUUGUUUGAUUCCGAUAACGUACCUUCGCAGGAAAGUGACGAAAAGCAAACGCACGGCGCUAAUGGAUCCGGCAUGGAAGACAUAGCCAAUGAAACGGGAUUGAGCGGUAAGGCCAAAGAGGCUCUUGGCGAACUAAAAGAGCUAUGGGAUCCUUCCCAAUACGAGGAAGAAUACAAUCUAGAUAAUUUCAUCAAGACGCUACGCUAG